CGUCUUGUCAAAAUGUUAUCUCGUUUGUUUCACAUCAAUAAUCCUUCUUGCGGUGAAUCUGAAGCAGAAGGCCAAGAAAGCACAUCUUCUUUACUUUUUGAUGCAGAUAUUGUUACUGGAAUUGAUAAAAUCCUGUUGUGUGGGCCGCCUGAAGUUGGAAAAACCUCACUUCUUUUCGAAACGGCUCUGAGCUUUGCUGACGAAGGAAAACACGUCCUGUUUAUUUGUCCCAAAAAACUCUCAAAACUUCCUUUACUCGCUCAUGGAAGAACUCAGCCCUCAAGUGUUACUUUGAAGAACAUACAGAUGGUCUAUUUGGAAACGAAAGAGGAAUUUCUGAAUUACAUGGCGUCUAUCCACAUGUCGACAGCAAGAGUUUCUCAUGCUAUCAUUGUAGAUAAUAUUGAUGCCUAUUUUCCCGCCAAUAUGAGAAACGAAGAUUUGUCGUUAGUUGCCAAGAUUUUCGCUCUUACUGUGGAUGCUUUCCUGUUUCAAAAGUCCAAGCAAAUGUAAGUUUAGCCCUUAACUUUCAAGAUCUGAUUGUUAACUCUCCCCAACGAGAAUUUGGAGUUAGAUCCAGAU